AUGUUGAAGCAAAAACCUCACGACAGCCAUCCCUCUCUUGAUAACCUACUACUGCUGGUCUUCGAGGCGGUGCUGGAGGUCGUUUGCGUCAGCUUACCUGGAUAUGUCAUCGCCAGAUUGGGUCAUUUCGACGCCGAGAAGCAGAAGUUCUUAGCGAACCUCAAUGUUAUGUUGUUUACGCCAUGCCUAAUUUUUACCAAACUGGCCUCGCAACUCAAUGCCGAUAAAUUGAUCGACCUUGCAGUUAUUCCAGUCAUCUUUAUCAUACAGACGUUUAUCUCAUAUGUGGUAUCCGUUGGUGUGGGAAAAGCAUUCCGUCUCAAGAAGCGGCCGGCCAAUUUCGUAACAGCCAUGGGCGUGUUCGGCAAUUCCAACUCGCUGCCUAUAUCCCUAGUCAUCUCCUUAUCCCAAACGUUGAAGGGACUCCACUGGGAUAGGAUCAAGGGUGACACAGACGACGAGGUGGCUGCCCGCGGCAUCUUGUACCUCCUAAUAUUCCAACAGCUAGGGCAGCUGGUUCGUUGGAGCUGGGGUUACCAUGUCUUGCUGGCACCCAAGAGUCGAUAUGAAGAGUACCGUGAUGAGACCAUUGAAGAGGGAAGGUAUACCGACGAACCUCCCAACGGAGCCUUGAUACCUGAAUUGGCCGAGAGUUCGACGGAAGACAACCACUCCGAGAACUCAUAUGAGUCAGACGUCUACGAACCCGCUGGCAGGACUCCGGUCGCCGGCACCUCGACGGCAUCGCCUACCGAUUCCGAAGAUGAGACGGGCUCGACGAGGAAACGUCUGAAGAAGUAUAACAAGGGCACUGGCGGUGUCGAUGGUGAUACUGUAAAGCCUGCCGGCGAGCCUGACGAGAUUUUGUCGUUCCCUCGCAUGCGCGACUUGGAUGAUGAAAACAUUAUCGGUGAAGUCGCAAGUUACCAUGGUCGCACGAUGCUCGGCAUCCGGAGAGCAGUCUCGUCGACCAAGCGACGCAGCGUCCGGCUGGUUAAGCGUGCGUAUAAAUGCCUGCCACGACCUAUGCGCGUUGUGAUGAACGGAUUCGGGAGAGUGUUGCUUCGAGUGUACAGCUUCGUCUGGGAGUUCAUGAACCCACCACUAUGGGCGAUGCUGUUCGCCAUCGUCGUGGCCUCGGUGCCGGAUCUGCAGCGGCUCUUCUUCAAGGAGGGCACGUUCAUCAACAACAGCGUGACGAGAGCCGUGUCUCAGACCGGCGGUGUCGCUGUUCCGCUGAUCCUGGUAGUGUUGGGAGCCAACCUAGCGCGAAACACGCAAAACCACGAGAGUAAAGAUCCCGAAGAGGAGCAGAUUGGAACCCGACUUCUUAUAGCGUCGCUCAUCAGCCGCAUGCUCCUCCCUACCCUCAUCAUGGCACCUAUCAUCGCGCUCUUUGCCAAGUAUUUCCCCGUCAGCAUCGUCGACGACCCAAUCUUCGUCGUUGUGUGCUUCCUCCUCACGGGCGCGCCCAGUGCGCUACAGCUGGCGCAGAUCUGCCAGAUCAACGAGGUAUACGAAGGAGUCAUGUCUAAGAUAUUGUUCCAAAGCUACGUCAUCUGGAUUCUGCCUUCGACGUUGGUCCUCGUCAUGCUGGCUCUCGAAACGGUCGAAUGGGCUUUGCAAUAA